AUGUAUACUAUCGCAGUUCAGUGCAUCAUCAGACGUAGAAUAGAAGACCGGUCAGGACACCAAAAUUUUACCCUAAUGCACAACUUCUGGAAGGAUUCCAAUUACAUGGCAAGGCGGAAAAAUGCGAUCCCAGUACAUUCAGGGCUAUUAGAAGAACCUCACAUUCCUCACUAUAAAGGAUCUCCUUCAAAAAACCAAUGCUACAGGUGCAUCAUGGAAUAUUAUACUAGGCGAUAUCGGUGUGCAUAUAUAGCAGGAGAAAAAGGAAAGGGACUCCUAAAUUUCAGUUUCAAUUCCAACUCUGCAACUCUGAGAAGUUGGACAUAUGUGGAGGUUAAUGGUGAGACCAAUAAAUUCUUGAAGGAAUCUUUAAAUAAACAGAAGAUGGGACUUUUGGUUGAGAGCUUUGAAAAUCGACUAUAUGAUGAACUCUGGCUGAAGGUUGUGGUUUCAAAUUUUAAGAACACUGAAAAUUCCGAUGAGGGUUUUGAUAGUAUAAAACUCAAGGACCAAAAGAUUUUGGAGGAGGAUAGUUCACAAAAUGACAUGGAAGUGUACGAGAAUCUUAUUUGUCAUUCAAUGGAGUACAGGUCAAAAGGUUAUGACGUGUGA